UGCAGUGCAGCCAGCUCCAUGGACUUUGCAACCACUGGCUGAAGCCAGAGAGGCACUCUAAGAAGCAGAUUCUGGACAUGGUGAUCCUGGAGCAGUUCCUGACCAUCCUGCCCCAGGAAAUGCAGUACUGGGUCAGAGGAUGCAGACCGGAGACCAGUUCCCAGGCGGUGGCCCUGGCUGAAGGUUUCCUCCUGAGUCAGGCAGAGGAGAAGAGGCAGGCAGAACAGAUGUGGGGACCAUCCAUGAUGAUGGAAGCUGAGUUCUCUGAGGCAGAAGGAGCCCCUUCAGAAGAGUGCAAGAGGACGCUGGUCCGGGAACAUGGCCAAGAUGCCCUCUCAUGUGGUAGUAGGGAGAAGUUGUCAAACCAUCCUCUUCACAGAGGUAUGGAAAGGGCUGCUGCAUCCUCAGUCCAGGCUCUGUUUUCCUUUGAGGAGGUGGCCGUGUAUUUCACUGAGGCAGAGUGGGCCCUACUGGAUCUGGACCAAAGAGAUCUCUACAUGGAAGUCAUGCUGGAGACCUAUGGGAGCAUAUCCUCCCUGGCAGAAGAUGUCGAGGAAACAGUUGAUGGAUUCCAGCGGUCCUUAUUGGAAACAGACAAGGACGAACAAUCUCAGUGUAAUUUCAGGGAUCCAGAGAGGCAGGAGGAAAAUCAUGAAAAAAAUAUGAGUGAAAAAUUCAUUCCUUUCCAAGGAGGAGAUUGUCAUGAUGUGGCUGACAUAGCAAAGGAAACAUACAUAUGUUUGGACUGGGGAUUUAAUUUAUCAGAUCAAACUCAAUAUAUCAAUUUGCAAAAGCCCUCUGGAGAGAAGGCUUUUAAUUGCUUCCAGUGUGGAAAAAGCUUCCUUUGUGGAGAAGAGCUAAUUAGACACCAAAGAGUCCAUAUAAGAGAGAAACUGUAUUGUUGCUCAGACUGUGACAAGAGGUUCACAGAUCCGUCAGAAUUUUUUCAACACAAGAAGACAUUUAUCUGCUCAGUGUGUGGAAAGAAUUCCUGUAAAGGGAAUGCACAUAAAUGUGGAGAGAGAUUUCAUAGCAGCGUCAAUCUUGAGCAGCAUCUAAGAACCCACACAGUGGAUAAACCUUUUGAUUGCUCAAAGUGUGGAAAGAAAUUCAGUCAAAAUGCACAUCUUCAAAAUCAUUUGAGAACUCACACAGGGGAUAAGCUUUUUGAAUGCUCAGAGUGUGGAAAGAAAUUCAGUCAAAAUGCACAUCUUCAAAAUCAUUUGAGAACUCACACAAGGGAGAAACUUUUUGAAUGCUCAAAGGGUGGAAAGAGAUUCAGUCAAAAUCAUCAUCUUCAAAAGCAUUUAAGAACCCACACAGUGGAGAAAAUAUUUGAAUGCUCAGAGUGUGGAAAGAAAUUCAGUCGAAAUGCCCAUCUUCAAAAUCAUUUGAGAACUCACACAAGGGAGAAACUUUUUGAACGCUCAGAGGGUGGAAAGAGAUUCAAUCAAAGCGGCAUUCUUCAAAAGCAUCUAAGAUGCCACAAACUGGAGAAACCUUUUGAAUGCUCAGAGUGUGGAAAGAGAUUCAGUCGAAAUCAUCAUCUCCAAAAGCAUCUAAGAGCCCACACAGCCAAGAAAUCUUUUGAAUGCUCAAAGUGUGGAAGGAAAUUCAGUCGAAAUGCCCAUCUUCAAAAUCAUUUGAGAACUCACACAAGGGAGAAACUUUUUGAAUGCUCAGAGUGUGGAAAGACAUUCAAUCAGAGAUGCAGUCUUCGACAACAUCUAAAAGCCCACACAGUGGACAAACCUUUUGAAUGCUCCGAGUGUGGAAAGAGAUUCAGUCAAAAUCCUCAUCUUCAAAAACAUUUAAGAACCCACACAGUGGAGAAAAUAUUCGAAUGCUCAGAGUGUGGAAAGACAUUCAAUCAGAGAUGCAGUCUUCGACAACAUCUAAAAGCCCACAGAGUGGACAAACCUUUUGAAUGCUCCGAGUGUGGAAAGAGAUUCAGUCAAAAUCCUCAUCUUCAAAAACAUUUAAGAACCCACACAGUGGAGAAAAUAUUCGAAUGCUCAGAGUGUGGAAAGACAUUCAAUCAGAGAUGCAGUCUUCGACAACAUCUAAAAGCCCACACAAUGGACAAACCUUUUGAAUGCUUAGAAUGUGGAAAGAGAUUCUAUCAAAAUGACCAUCUUCGGCAGCAUCUAAGAGCCCACGCAGACAAGAAAUCUUUUGAAUGCUCAAAGUGUGGAAAGAGAUUCAGUCAGAGGGGCAACCUCCAAGUGCAUCAAAGAAUUCACACAGGGGAGAAGCCUUUUAAAUGUUCACAGUGCGGAAAGAGAUUCAGUCAGAAGAGUAACCUUCAAGUGCAUGAAAGACGCCAUAGAGGGAAGAAACAUGCUGAUUGCUUAGAGUGUGGAAAGCAAUUCAAUCACAGGGGCAGCCUUCAACUGCAUCUAAGAACUCACAGAAUAAAGAAACCUAUUGAAUGCUCACAGUGUGGAAAGAGAUUCAGUCAGAAGAGUAACCUUCAAGUGCAUGAAAGACACCAUAGAGAGAAGAAAAAUUUUGACUGCUUAGAGUGUGGAAGGCAAUUCAAUCACAGGGGCAGCCUUCAACUGCAUCUAAGAACUCACAGAAUAAAGAAACCUAUUGAAUGCUCACAGUGUGGAAAGAGAUUCAGUCAGCGAGGCAAUCUUCAAGUGCAUCAAAGAAUCCACACAGGAGAGAAACCUUUUAAAUGCUCACAGUGUGGAAAAAGUUUCAGACGGCAAGACAAUCUUCAAGUGCAUCAAAGAAUCCACACAGGGGAGAAACCUUUUGAAUGCUCACAGUGUGGAAAGAGAUUCAGUCAACAAGGCAAUCUUCAAGUGCAUCAAAGAAUCCACACAGGGGAGAAACCUUUUAAAUGCUCACAGUGUGGAAAGAAUUCAGUCAGGGCACCAACCUUCAAAGGCAUCAAAGAUACCAUGGAGGGAGAAAAAACUUUUGACUGCUUAGAGUGAGGAAAGGAAUUCGGUUAGAGGGGCAGCUUUCAAGUGCAUCAAAGAUACCACACUGAGGAAAAAAACUUUGGAAUGCUCAGAGUAUGGAAAGAAAUUCAGAGGAUCAGUCUUCAACUGCAUCUAAGAACUCAUACAGCAGAGAAAGCUUUUGAAUGCCAGUGUAUGAAGAGCGAUUCAAUCAGAAUGACCAUCUUAAAGAGCAUUUAAGAAUCCACACAGUGGAAAAAUCUUUUCAAUGUUCAGCAUAUGGAAAGAUAUUCAGUCAGAGGGGCAGCCUUCAUGCAUCAGAGAAUCCAUAAAGGGGAGAAUCCUUUUGAUUCCUCAGCGUGUAGAAAUCUUCUGUGAUAGGUGGAGCCUUUGACAGCAUCUAAAACCAACACAGCAGACAUACAUUUUGAAUGCUUAGAAAGAAAGUCAGUCACAAUUACAAUUUUCAAAAGCAUUUGAAAACUCACAGAAACCUGAAUGCUCAGAGAGUGGGAAGAGAUUCAUUUGGAGAAGCAAUUUUAAACAAUUUUAAAGCAAUUUGGAGAAGCAAACAUAAGAACUCACAGAAAUGAGAAAUCUUUUGAAUGCUCAGAAUUUGGCAAGGGUUUCAGUCAGAGUGGCCAACAGUAUCUAUGCAUGCACAUAAGUGAAAAAUAGUUUGAAUUCUCAGAGUGGAAAAAGAUUUAGUCAGGGUAGCAACUUUUAUCUGCAUCAAAGAAAGCAUAUAGGGGAGGACCCAUUUGAAUGCUCAGAAUGUGAAAAGAGAUUUAGUGAAGUGUGGCUAUCUUCUGCUUCAUCAUAGAAUCCACACAGGGAGGAAACCUUUCCAGUGCUCAUAGCGUAGAAAGAGAUUGUGUGACCAUCUUCAAAGGCAUCUAAGAACCCAUAAAGGUUAGAAGUCUUUUGAAUGCUCAGAGUGUGGAAAGAAAUUCCGUCAGAGAGGCAGUCCGUCACCUGCAUCAAAGAACUCACACAAGGAGGAACCUUUUGAGUUCACAGAGUGACAAAAUAGAUUAUUUCAGAAAGCCACGGCAUCAAACAACACAGAAGAGAGGAAACCAUUUUAUAUCUUAAGAACAACCACAAGUAUACACAGAGUGGAAACCAUAGAAACUCAUGGAAAUGUUCAGUUUAUGGUAGGAUCUUCAUUAAAUCAGAGGCUUCCUUGCUGAUCCUGCAUGCUUUCGUAUAGGUAUGAUCUUUAAGCAGGUUCAUCAGAUGGUCAGUCUGAUUGCAUUAAAUGUUUCUUUUAUCCUGGACAAUUGAAAGUUAUCACUGAAAUAUUAGGCUUGUGGCUAAGAAUCAGUCAUUUAUCUAGAUGAUGAUCACAUGCACGAAAAGCUCAACGUACUAUCAGUGUACUGCUUUUUCCUCCCUGUAUAAACCUAUUAAUGUGAUUAGCCAAUCAGAUUUCUCUAGAUGGAACUAUAAGAAGAGACUGGCUGAGCUUUUUGUCUGUAGGUGUGACUUGGAUUUAUACAGCUAGAUUUUACUCCAGUGACAUCUUAGAGGCAAAGAAAAUUUUCUGUGAAUAAGCUCACUUCAUCAGAUAUAAAAUUUAUAAGCGCAGUUUAAGAAAUCUGGCUUGGUUUAUAUAUUCUAACAUGGUUGACAAAUGUUAGAAUAUUUUAAUGGACACAUGUUUUUCUAGCAGCUAUACAGUUCAUUUUGAACUGUUUGUAUUCUCUACCUUUCUGCCUAAUAAAGAAAAUUGAAAAACCA